AUGGAGUUGUCCUCUGUGCUUCCCUGUAAGGGCUGUAUCUCUUGGCAGGGGCUACUGGUCACAGCCUCCCUUUUAACCUGUUGGCACCUACCCACCACUGUCCAAGUCAUUAUUGAAUUAGUGCCACCUGAUGUGGUUGAAGGAGAAAAUGUCCUUCUCCUUGUCCGCAAUCUGCCAGAGAAUCUUGAAGCCUUUGUCUGGUACAAAGGGGUGACAAAUAUGAACCUUGGAAUUGUACUUUAUUCGCUGGACACUAAUUUAAGAGUGGAAGGGCCUGAAUACAGUGGUAGGGAGACAGUGUACAGAAAUGGAUCCCUGCAUCUCCAAGAUGUCACCCAGAAGGACACUGGAUUUUAUACCCUACGAUCAAUAAACAGACAUAAAGAAAUCAUAUCAACAACAUCCAUAUACCUCCACGUGUACUCUUUCCUUUGGAGCUGUGGGCCCCUUUCCACAUCUGCCCAACCCACUAUUGAAUCUGUGCCCCCCAUCAUUCCCGAGGGGGGAAGUGUUCUUCUACUUGUUCACAAUCUCCCAGAAAAUCUUCGAUCCCUUUUCUGGUAUAAGGGGAUGAUUGUGUCCAACAACUUUGAGGUGGCAAGACACAUAAUAACCAUGAAUUCAAGUGUGCUGGGCCCUGCACACAAUGGUGGAGAGACAGUGUACAGCAAUGGAUCCCUGCUGCUCCACAAUGUCACCUGGAAGGACACUGGAUUAUACACCCUACGGACUCUAAGUACAGAUAUGAAAACAGAAUUAGCACAUGUGCAACUCCAGAUGGACACCUCCCUUUCUCCAUGCUGUAACCCUCUCAACUCUUCCCAACUCAUGAUCCAACCUAUACCUCAGUAUGCUGCUGAAGGGGAAAGUGUUCUUCUCCAAGUACAUAAUCUUCCAGAAGAUCUGCAAGCCUUUUCCUGGUAUAAAUCAAUGCAUAGUGCCCUUGUUCUUAAAAUUGUGGAAUACAGCAGAGCCAUGAAUUCCACCACCUGGGGGAGUGCACACAGCAGAAGAGAGGCGGUGUACACCAAUGGGUCCCUGAUGCUCCAGGAUGUCACUGAGGAAGAUGCAGGAAUGUACACACUAGAAAUUUUAAAUAGAGAUUUCAAAAUCGAUAAAGCAGAUGUGCAUCUCCAUGUGAACACCUCCCUUUUCACCUGCUGGCACCUGUCCACCACUGCCCAAGUCACCAUUGAAUCAGUGCCGCCCCAAGUGGUUGAAGGAGAAAACGUCCUUCUACGUGCCAACAAUCUGCCAGAGAAUCUUCUAGCUUUCUCCUGGUACAAGGAGGUGAGGAAUGUGAACCUCAGAAUUGCACUAUUUGCACUGAACACUAAUCAGAGUGUGAUGGGGCCUGAACACAGUGACAGAGAAAUGGUGUACAGCAAUGGAUCCCUGUGGCUGAAAAAUGUCACCAAGAAGGACACAGGAUUGUAUACCCUACGAACAGUGAAUAGAGCUGGUAAAAUUGUAUCUACAACAACCAUGUACUUCCAUGUGUACACCUCCCUUUUCACCUGUGGGCACCCUCCCCACUCUGCCCAGCCCACUAUUGAAUCAGUUCCACCCAGAGUUGCUGAAGGGGGAAGUGUUCUUCUACUUGUUCACAAUCUCCCAGAGAAUCUUCAAGCUCUUUACUGGUACAAAGGGGUGAUUGCUUACAAGAAUUUUGAGGUUGCUCGACACCUAAGAGCCAUGGAUUCAAGUUUGCAGGGGCCUGCACACAGUGGUAGAGAAGCAUUGUUCAGGAAUGGAUCCCUGCUACUCCACAAUGUCACCUUGAAGGACGCUGGAUUCUACACCCUACGAACUCUGACUACAGAUCUAAAAGCUGAAGUAGCCCAUGUGCAACUCCAGGUGAACACCUCCGUUUCUACAUGCUCUAACACUCCAACCUCCACCCAAGUCACAAUCGAAUCAGUGCCUCAGUAUGUUGCUGAAGGAAAAAGCGUUCUUUUCCUAGUUCAUAAUCUGCCAGAAGAUCUUCAAGAAUUUUUCUGGUACAAAUCAGUGUAUAGGACAGACAUCUUUAAAAUUGCAGAAUACAACAGAGCCACAAAUUCCACCAUCUGGGGGCUUGCACACAGCCAAAGAGAAAUGGUGUACAGCAAUGGAUCUCUGCUGAUCGAGGGCAUCACUGAGAAAGAUGCAGGAUUAUACAUGCUAGAAACUUUGAACAAAGAUUACAAAAUUGAGAAAGCAUUUGUGCAACUCCAUGUGAACACCUCCCUUUUCACCUAUGGGCAACCUCCCCACUCUGCCAAGCCCACUAUUGAAUCAGUGCCACCCAGUGUUGCUGAAGGGGGAAGUGUUCUUCUACUUGUUCACAAUCUCCCAGAGAAUCUUCAAGCUCUUUACUGGUACAAAGGGGUGAUUGCACACAAGAAGUUUGAGGUUGCCCGACACCUAAGACAAAUAGAUUCAAGUUUGCAGGGGCCUGCACACAGUGGUAGAGAAGCAUUGUUCAGGAAUGGAUCCCUGCUACUCCACAAUGUCACCUUGAAGGACGCUGGAUUCUACACCCUACGAACUCUGACUACAGAUCUAAAAGCUGAAGUAGCCCAUGUGCAACUCCAGGUGAACACCUCCGUUUCUACAUGCUCUAACUAUCCAACCUCCACCCGAGUCACAAUCGAAUCAGUGCCUCAGUAUGUUGCUGAAGGGAAAAGUGUUCUUCUCCUAGUUCAUAAUCUGCCAGAAGAUCUUCAAGAAUUUUACUGGUACAAAUCAGUGCAUAGGACAGACAUUUUUGAAAUUGCAGAAUAUAGCAAAGCCACAAAUUCCACCCUCUGGGGGCUUGCACACAGCCAAAGAGAAAUAGUGUACACCAAUGGAUCCCUGCUGAUCGAGGGCAUCACUGAGAAAGAUGCAGGAUUAUACAUGCUAGAAACUUUGAACAAAGAUUACAAAAUUGAAAAAGCAUAUGUGCAACUCCAUGUGAACAAGCCUGUGACACAGCCCUUCAUUCGAAUCAUUGACACCACAGUCACAGUACAAAGCUUUGUGGUCCUCACUUGCUUCUCAGCUGACCCUGGAAUCUCCAUCCAUUGGAUCUUCAAUAACCAGAGUCUGCUGCUCUCAAACAGGAUGACCCUGUCCCCCCAAAAUUGCCAGCUCAGCAUUUAUCCUGUCAGGAUGGAGGAUGCUGGAGAGUAUAAAUGUGAGGUCUCCAACCCAGUCAGUUCAAAGACUAGUCUCCCAGUCAUCCUGGUCGUGAAGAAUGAGUAA